AUGUCGGAGCAAGCAGCCAUUUCGGGAGAGAAUGCGAGAAAUCCAGCAGAGCUACUCUCGCAGAGUGCUAACUCUUCAUUGUCGACUAUGAACCCUGCUGGUUCAAGUUACGGCUCGGCUCCCGAAUCCAAACCGCCUCAACUCGAGGAAGCCUCCCCAUUCGAACCUACCGGACUGAGCCGAAUCUCGAAGUCGCAAUACAUAGCAGACGCAUCCGACACCGAUAUCAUCAUGACCGAAUAUUCCGUUAUUCCACCUACCAUGGUGCCGUCAGAAAGCUCGGCUGGUGCUGCUGCAUCUGAUCUCCAACCUCAAGCCAGAGAGAUGAUGGAAACAGAAGACAAUAACAUUACGCAGAGUUUCACCCGCAAACAAGAUUCUCCCAAGCACAGCCUGGGUCAAAACCCGCACCGUCUACCCCAAGUGCUACUGGACGAACGUCAUCCGAGACUCGAAAUUAAUUCGUUAUGUUUCGAUGAUGAGGGCCUAAUACCCCGGAUGUUCUGCUUUUUUGUCACCGAAUAUGGCGCUUCUGUUGGUGUUCUCAGACGCCUCGGAUACAUGGCAACGCUGCUUUUGACAUUGAAUUUCCAGAGCGAGGCGUAUCAGAUGUCACUUCGUAUUGUCGAUCAGAUCAAUCGACAAGCAUCGGUUCAGGGGGUUUCGCGUCAGCUUCUGCCGUUAUAUGUCAUAUCGUGUGCUCAAUGUGCUGGCUCAGUGGGCGAAAGAUUGGAAGCAAUGUCGCUUGUUCGACAGACAUAUAAUUGGCUGUCAAGGUGCCAUCGGUCUGGACAGCGCACCGGCCAACAGACUACGUCAUGUCUGGAGGUCCUCCUCCAAGUGGAGGAAGAUAACCCAGUGCAGCGAGAUAAGGUGACGGCCUACUGGCUCUUGAACACUGCGCUCUCCGAUUUCCAGCAAGACGACGAGCACUUUAUUUGGUCAGAAAUGUUGUCAUGCCACAGCUUUGACAGCGCCUUUCAUCUUCUCCGCGAGGACAGGGAUAUCUUGAACUUGAUGAAGAAUGCGAUUACCAAGAUAAAGAAGAGUCUACAAGCCUAUAGGAAAGAAAUCGAUGGGCUAUGGUGUGGCAACCUACGAGCCUUCGAAGACGAUCUCUACAUAGGCCGAGAAUUGGCACGCUUGGUUUUGGAGCCUCGUGUGUCACAAGAUGCUGGACAUCUCGAUGGUCUGGUCUCUCCUGAGAGCGCAGAAGAUUUUGGUAACUCAACACUUGUCUCUCAACUCCUGGAACCAGUCUUGUCGGUGAUGUGUGUUAUGAUCGGCAAGCAGGGGAGAAGAGAAUGGAUCGGUGACGGACAUUGGAGCGCCUCAACCACCAACUUCAAACUCUCAGCUAUGCUCAUGGAUGCGGCUCUGUCAAUCCAGCGAGCAGUAUGCCGUGGCCGGAAGGUUGAAGGUGGUGAUGUCCUUGAUGGUUUGAUAACGACCGACAGCUAUGAAGCUUCAUCGGCGCAUGUCUUCGCGAAUUAA